ACACAGUCACCCAAAGUGUCACUUAACAAUCGUGGGGUUGCACACAAUCCUGGUAAGUGUGUGAACUCCUAAUUGCAUUCUGUCCCCACUGCUACCCUUCAAGCUGUGAACAUAAUUCAUUAAUGUCAAGAGGAGAAAGGAAAGAAACAAAAUUAAUGAGAAAACAUAAACAGGUCACCAGCUCCCUGCGUCUAACAGGCCUCCCAUAUGCUGUCAAGCUAAUGCAGAGGCCCACGUUUGUGUCCACCCUAAGGUCGUUUUCUGUGUGUCAUGCCAAGGCUCUUUUUACUCAGCUUUCCAUAUUCGCUCCACCAUCCUAUCCCAGUAAAGGCUAAAAAGCACCCUAAAGUAUUAAAGCAUAAAGAGGCCAGUACACCUACCGUCUAUAAGAAAAUAUUUUGUGUUUUAACGUAGGUUGUACACUGACCGUCAAAUGUAAAUGCUAUUAAUUAGAGAUCUCUAAACUUGAGCGAGUUUGUUUUUGCAGCCUCUGUGAGCCAAUUCUACGGUUUUACUGUGGUGAGACAAAAGUAAAAGUCAAACUGUAACUGUCUAUAUGCCUGAGCAGCCAGGCAAAGGAAAGGAACACUUGGACGCUUCUUGCAUAAACCCCACCCACCCUUUCUCAGAGGGCUUGAGCCCAUGUGUGACAUCAUGGUUAUAAUUAUCAUGAAGAUGCCAUUUUUGUUUGUUUUUCCCAAGCAGUCAGAAAAAUAUCACACCUUUGUUUAAGGAUUCAAAAGUAUUAUCUAAAGCUGCACUGUUGCCCACCCACAUGAAGCUUCUUUUUAAAAACACUCUACAUUUUCUCAGUAGGGUUAGAGAGAGGCCUCCUUGUGAUUAUUCCCAUUGCAACUAAAGACAGGAUUGUUUUCUGAAGCAUGAGGUGGUGUACUUGCCUACACCAUAUAAAAAUAAUUUUAAUAGGGUUUUCAGAUGGAGCUUCACAUAUCCGAACAAAGUGACAGUGACACCCUCAGGAAUUCUGCAAAGACCUACCAUCUCACUUCCCAUAUUAAAAGCUAGAUCAUCAUUCUGCCACAUUCUUGCUGAUGUUUGCAGUUUUGCUUAAAUGUGGCUCCCAUUCAACAGCCUUCCUCAGCCAUAUCCAUCUGGACCAAUUAGUGUACACAGCAUUCAUCAAUGAAUAAAACAAUAUGAAAUUUAGUCUUCAUCACACAAAUGAGCCUGCUGCAAGUCAGCUUUGGUUAUGAAGGACCGAGAUGAAACAUACAUAUGGUUUUCCUGCCUCUUGCAGAAUGUUGCACUGUUUCACCCUGUUCCUCUCCAGAAACAUCUUUCCUCUUACCCGUGUUUCCUGAGAAUUGUGACUUUCAUAAUGGUGUAAAACAACUUCUCUUCAAUCAAGAUCGCCUGACAAGCGAACCUAAAACCAGAUUUAGAAAUUAUGAAAAACAUAAUGAAAUAUUCAAAAUGAAGUGUUUUGUGUUUCUGAGGUAUCAAUUACAUAAUCACUGGAGCACAGAGUAGGCAAACCGGAUGUUCUCCAUGCCCGUCAAACCCUAACCCUCUUGAUCCCUUUUAUUGCUCACAUUUCUCUUUCUCAUCUUUCUGUUCUUUGCAGCCUCAUGCAUUUUCUCUCUCUCCUCAUUCUGUCUUCCUUUGUGUGCGUCGGUAUGCCUGUUAGUUGUUGGUAGAGUGAAGUGGCUGCAUUAUCUACAUACAUUAUUGAUGCUUGCAGCACUUUAACACACACAUGCGCAACCACACACACACACGCACACACAAAAUCCAGCUUACCGCUCACAUAACAAAAACUUACAUACAGUUAUACAAUCACACACGCAUACAGUCACAAAGAGCACAUGUAGCCUCACUUUUGAAUGUGUGUGUGAAGAAAAAGUGAAUGACAGCGCAUACAUGUUGUCGUUUUUUAAAAAACAGCUGAUUCCCUGUUUUAAGAAAAAAUGAGGAAAUUGUGACAUUCUCAGACUAAAAUUAAUUCACAGUCACAUGCUGGGCUAAUAGGUUAAGACAUGAAUAGAAAGUGAGAGUUAUGAAAGAGAAGAGACAGAAGGAUUAGAAUUUGAGUAGCAGGGAGUUGGAGAUGGGAAUAAGGGAGGGAGGGGACAGAAGAGUUCCCAGCAUCUCUUUUCCCAGGGCUUUGUGAGGGCCUCAUUAAAUAUGGAUGGUGUUUGGAUCAGAGCAGGGGAGAUGAAGACACGUCACCCUGGUCUUCUUCAGUGGAGUGAUGGGCGAGCAGCGAGGGCAGCGGGACUGUAACUGGCACCUUCAUGGAGCCCUGAUACCCAGGGCAGAGAGCAGGUAAAUGGAGGUGCAGGACAGGAGCCGCUCCCCGUCUCGCAGGACCAGCCGAGUAGAGCAGGUAGUGGGACGAUGGCUGAGACGGUCCAGAGACUUGGGCAGCAGAUCUCACUCUCUGAGCAGGGAUCGGGCUGCAGCAGAAGGGAAGACAGCAGAGUCCAGUAGCUCUGACCAGAGGAAUUAUCCCUUCCGCUUCAAUAUUCAGAUCCAGCGCGACCCAAACCUCAACUCUCAUGGCCUCACGCUUUCCUCCCAGAACCCGAUUCUGGUGGAGGAGGUCACCUCAGGUGGGCCUGCAGAUGGUCGGCUCGUCCCUGGCGACCAGCUUGUGAAGAUCAAUAACGUCUCUGUCGAUGACCUGACCCCAGAGCAAGCUACUGAGAUAAUCAGGGAGUGCCCAGAUACGUUGACUAUGACGGUACUCAGAACAAUGCUGGGCCCAAAGUCAUCAUUUAUCACACCGGAGAAGAGGGCCAAGCUCAGGUCCAACCCUGUGAAAGUCCACUUUGCUGAGGAGGUGGAAGUUAACGGACACACACAGGGGAACUCCCUGCUCUUCCUGCCCAAUGUACUGAAGGUGUACCUCGAGAACGGGCAGACCAAGGCCUUCAAAUUUGAGCCCAGUACCACAGUCAAGGACAUUGUGAUGACACUGAAGGAAAAGCUUUCUCUGAGCCGCAUUGAGCAUUUCUCGCUAGUGCUGGAGCAGCAGCACAGCAUCAGCAAAUUGCUGUUGCUACAUGAUGAGGAGAGGAUACAGCAGGUGGUCCAGAAGAAAGAGGCCCAUGACUACAGGUGUUUAUUUCGUGUUUGUUUCAUGCCCAAAAACCUUCAGAUGCUGCUGCAGCAGGAUCCCGCUGCCUUUGAGUACCUCUACCUGCAGGGGGUGAACGAUGUACUGCAGGAGCGUUUUGCAGUAGAGAUGAGGUGUAACACCGCCUUGCGACUUGCUGCACUACACAUUAUGGAGAGACUAGCAAGCUGUGGACAGUCACCCAAAACCAACCUGAAGAUGAUCACAAAGACUUGGGGCAUAGAGAACUUUGUGUCAUCCACCUUGCUGAGGAACAUGCGAGAAAAGGAUCUGAGAAAGGCCAUCGGCUACCACAUAAAGAAGAGCCAAUCCCUGUACGAUCCCAAGCAAAAGGGCCUGUCAGUCGAUCAGACACGGAUCAACUAUCUGGAGGAGCUGAGUGAACUCAAAUCAUUUGGAGGGAAAUCUUUUGGUGCCACCAUGAUGCUCCAGGACAGGGAGUCGAUGGUGACCCUAUUAGUGGGAGCACGGCACGGGGUGAGUCAGAUCGUCAACCACAAGCUGAGCAUCCUGUCCACCCUCACAGAAUUCACCAGCAUAACACGCAUCGAGCUGCUGCCUGAAUCGGAAAAGGUCAGCCUGGUCAAAAUAUACCUGCAGGACAUCAAGCCCAUUACUUUACUACUGGAGUCAGCUGCGGCUAAGGAUAUGUCCUGCUUAAUAGCAGGGUACUGCCGAGUGUUUGUUGACCCUGACCUCAACGUCUUUCCCUGGAUAGAUGACUCCAAGAAGCACAGAAUCUCUGCUGAGGAAGGUUAUGUUUCACGGUGUGGCAGUGACUCCGAUGAAUCCUCAGACUUAGACAUGGAACCGCUGGUCAACCUGGUGUCUGACAAGAAGCCCCGCCUUCGAAUCAGAUCUUCAUCAGAUCCAGAUGGACGGAACAGAAAAGACAGUCGGAGAAACAAAGAUGAGAGUGAAAAGGGAGAGAAACCUGGCGAGGAUAAAAGGCUAAAAGAUGAAAAGGGUUCUGACACUAAAACAGAAAAGUUUCAGCUCGAUAAGAAUGACGAGAAUGAAAGCUCAGAGCACAGGAAGGAGGUGAAGAGAGUGCAGGAUUGUGGACAAAUAGAGAUCCACGUAACGGACAAUGAUUCGGGGAGACACGCUAGACAGGAAGGGGAGAUGGGAUGUGACGAGGAUGUGCGAGCAGCAGAGGAGGAACCGUCUGUAUCAGAUUCAUGUCAUACGGACUCUCAUGUCCUCACCAGCGCCUCCAGUGACACUCUCGAUGGCCUGGAGGAAGAUGACUUGAUGUCAUGCUCCUCUUCCUCUAUCCACCCCAGUGCUGCUUCACAAAGUCACACCAGUGUCCAUUCUUCGUUUCACCUUCACCCUUAUUCUCAUGGGCAUGUACAGCCUCACCUGCUUGCCCCACCACCUGCGCACUCCCAUCCCCUGAUUCACCUCACAACUCCUGACAGAGGAGGAGGAGGGGCCUGCAGGAGAUCAGGCGAUGGAGCCGAUCCCCAGCUCACCUCACCCGUCUCCACUUCUUCUCAGAGCCUUGCUGAUGCCCAAAGAUCUUCAGGUAACCUCUGCACUGAUGACAGCUCCCUGUGUUUCGCGGAGCUCUCCCGCCUCGUGGACUUCCUGCCGAGCCCUCCAGAGGCCAGCGAGGAAGACGACGACGAAGAAGAGUUGAGGAGGAGGAGGAAUGCGUUAAAAGAAACAGAUGGGGGAAGAGAGGGAGGAAGUGUAAGCAAGGAAGGUGGUUUUAAAGAAUAUUUGUCAUCACCUUCCCCGUCUUCAAACACAGACUUUGUGUUUAACUUUGACCAGAGCGACGCACGCUGCUACUACAACAUCUGCUCCAACAUCACCCCCGACAGUGCACGCAGCCUUUCUCAUAAACAGAGAGAAGAGAGGGAGGAGGGAGAGGAGACUCAAGAUGAAGACCUGGAGCCAAUACCCAUCCUGCACCCGCCCCCUGGCUUUGGAGACAGCAGCUCUGAUGAGGAGUUCUUUGACGCCAGGGAUCGUUUCACCUCACCUGAAGACCCGACAUCAGGGGCUGUGCCAAGAGACAUUUGCACAGAGAUGAAGCUGGACUUCCUCAGCACACUGAGCCUCAGUGAUAUCAGAGUCUCUGUGCCGGACACAGACAAAGUUAGAGAAGCAGAAGAUGAUAGAAAAUGGAGAGAGGAAGAAGGAGGAGGCAGAGAAACUUUGUUCCAGCUCAGGAAAAGAUCGAAGAAGCGGCGUUCCUUCAUGGAAACCGAUUACACGUCCAGGGUGUCGUAUCCAGAGCCAGAUCCAGAGUCAAAGCAGGCCCUGGCUUCCAAGCGAUGUCAUAAAAAACAUUUGGAAGAAGUUAGCGAUGCCCAGAUCCUCAGUUCAGAUCCUGAACCUUCAGAGCAAACCAAGAAUCCUAGCCCCACUGUCUCCUCACUUACUCACUCUGAAGGGGAACCUGCUCAGCUUGAGUCAAAGCCCAUUCUGUCAACACUCUGCUCGCGUGCACCAGGUUUUGGUUCUCUUGAUCAGCCUAGAGACCCAAAGCCUGCUCCCAAAACCAGGAAACAGGAAAUGGAGAUGGAACCUGACGCAAUGGAGUCCAAAUCGGUCACCGAUCUGGUGAAAUCAGUGUCUCCAACCAUUACUGUUGUCCGCUGCCGUGUGGAUCCAGACGGAAAGGAGAGUGCCGAUCGGAGGGGUGACGGAAAGGAGGAAGGGGAGGGACAGGAGCAGGAUAGGGAAGGGAAAGAGGAAGGGAAGCCGGAGUCAGCAGGUUUGACAGGGAAUGGACCGUUCACUAGUCAUAUGUUUUUGCAAGAAAUCACUAAACAGAAGAUUAAAGAGGAGGAAGAGAAGAAAGAGGGAGUGGGAGCAUACUCGUCUAGCUUAAAGAGACCACUUGUGGGUGUGCAGGCGCCACCAGAAAUCCACAUACUGUCUACAUGUUUACCAGACGGGAAUAAAAAGGGCAGUAACGGCCUUUUGGUGUCCAGUUUGAUUGCACCAGAGAUGAAAGAUGCAGAGGAAUACAUGCUUAAAGGCCCCUCAUAUUCACCACCACCACCCCCACCUUCAUCCCCUCUACCCUCAGUACCAGUCCUUCACAAAUCCCAGAGUGGCUGUCUAGUGAAGGAGGAAGAGGGCAGCGAGUACAUGGAAAUCCAAAACAAAAUUACAGCUUCAGAUUAUAUGGAACACAAUCCCAAGACAAGCAAUGACAAAGAACAGGCACACGUAAAAGUCACAAGCGUUAACGAUGAUGAUGCCAUCGGGGCUGUGACCAUAAGCGAUGAAGUUACAGACAGCACCACUUCUGACAAUGUUUUUGAUGAUGAUGAUGAAGUGAGUAAUUCACUGAGUGACAGGAGAGAUGACAGGACUAAAGCUACAAAGUGUAGAGCUAAAUCAGCAGGUCAAAGCGAGUCACAAAUCAAGUCUCGCACAAGAAUUCAUUCUGAUUAUACUCGUGCUAUAAACUCAAUUACAGCAAAGCUCGGAGCUGCAACAAGCGCCACGUCUCCUACUUUUAAUUCAGGUGUUGGAUUGAAAAGCGAGAGCACAUUUCUCAGUGCUUUAAAUCAAGCCGUGGAUAAACCCAGAAGUGAAACCCAAAGUGCUGAAGAUAAAGAAAGUUUAGUUAGUUCUAAGUUAGAAAAAACUAGCAUGGCUACAAUCACCGAUCUCGCUAAACAACCUACUUCUCCGACUCAUUUCCUCUUCCAAACCUGUUCCCCUGCCAUCAUGGGCCGAUUAUCUGCAUCAACGCUUAGGGGGAAGAUUCAACAGCUGCCUCUUUAUUUAUCACGAUCUCAAGAGUCUCUCAGUCAACCCGGGAUUGGGAACGUGGCCCAGAGUCCUGCUGAGGACAACACCAAGGAAGAAGCAGAGGUCACCAUUAAAGUAACAGACGUUAAUGAUGUCAAACAAAAUGCUGACUUAGAAGUUGGCAACACUGCGGAGUCGGUAGAGUCAGAUGAUUCGGAUACAACGGUCACAGGAUCAGAGGUGGACGGGGAGUUUUUUGUAGAGCUAACAUCAGCAAAGAGUUUUAAUUCAGGGACAGAGGUGAAGGAGGAGGUCAGCUCUGACCUGCCUGUUCAGACUGAGCCUAAGCCCCAACAUCGAAAUUUGUUGUACUCUGGAUCUGAUAAGGACACACCAGGACCAAUAACAGAGCCCCCAGCCUCCAUAGUGAGCCAACUCCAAAGAGAUGCCGCAGGUUUAAAAAUGGACACUCCUGGUCCCAUAAAAGACUCUCCAGAACCAAACUCCAAAGUCACAAGUCCCGAUGCAGACGUACCAGGUUAUAAAAUAACCAAUCGAUCACCUUCCAUCCCUCCUGCAAUCGUGGUGACCACAGAGAAUCUAAAUGGGCCCAGGCUUCCUUUUCAGCCACAGAAAAUAAGAAGGACAAGUAGCGACAGGCCUUUAAUGGAUCUUUGUAGACCUUCAGAGAAAGUUUCAGGCUCACCAAAAACACCUCCUUCAGGCUGCAGAGUAUUCACUAUCUGUGAGGAUCCAACAGAGACAAAGGCCCAGGCCGAGGUGGUGUCUGCUCCACCUCUGAAGUCAGAGUUUGGGUGUGGUUCUGUGCUAUCUUCUGGAUGCGAGUCGAUCGUAGAGGGGGUGCAGGUGCCACUGGAUGCUUGUGGUUGCCCAGCUGUUUACACAAACUGCUUCGGCAGCGAGGACAGCUUCGAUGAUGAGCUGACGGUCUACGAGUUCUCCUGCCGCACACAGAGCAGCGGAGUAACGCAGACUUCUGGGGCAGGUCUUCCUCUAAUGAGCUCUUCCCCUGUUCCCUCCUUUCUUUCCCCUACGUCCUCCCAUUCCCCCUCUUUUCCUCGUUCCAUUGUUUUCUCCUCUUCUACCUCUGAGCUCAGCCCUCUCCUCUCGCCUCUCUCCGACACCUCUGACCCUUUCACUUCUCAAACGCACAAGGACACCAUGAGUCGGCUGGGUCAGCAGCGCUACCCAGAACCUCCCACGGGUUUCCAAGUACUCCGCUUAGAUGUAGACCAGCUUCUUUCCAUUCUAGAAAGUAGCAAUGCUGACCGAUCUGUAGGAGGACACAGAGCUCGUCACCCAAGAGAAACGUGCCCUGCUCACUUUACAGAGAACAAAAGGGUGCUCCAGAUGGAAGCACGGCGGCUGAUGUCAGGCUGCCAAAAGGUGGUGGGGAUCGGACAGAGCCCAGAGGAGAUGCUUCACUCUCUGGCCAACAGUUUCCGGACCCUGGUGGAGCUGGCAGGCGUGUGCCUCUGGUUUUCUGGGUGCGACAGGUGCGACCGGAGGAACGCAGAGGCCGUCGCAGGUCUGGCAGAUGUGGCCCGCUCAUUCAGGGACUUCUGCCUGGCAGCGGAGCGUGCCAGCAGCAAACGCAGCUGCCAGGACCUGAGCACCAAGCUGCUAGCCAAACAGUGCACAGCACUCACCGCCUCAGUCUUCUGCCUCACUCAGCUGUUCCGCACCCUAACUGCACUCUGAGGAGACCACAGCCCUUCGAGAAAUUACCUUCAGCCUUGCGACCUGUGGCGUUCAACUCCACAUCCGUGAGGUCACCAGUGAGCUCACAGCUGCUGUAGGUGUGGAUAAGUGUGACCUGGGACUCUUGGCUUGCGGUGCUGUUCCUAGGAAGCUCAAAAAACUGGGGCCGGUUAACAGUUUUUUUUCUGGUUAUCAAGGCAGAGAUCGCCGAGGCGCAUGUGGUGACUGACUAGCUGUGCACGUACUGUACCAAACAAACCAGAUGGAUAGCCAAGAGCCAGACUGUAGAGUGCUGCAAGCUUGCAUUCCAAUAUCAAAGCUGAUGUACUUGAAUGUAUUCUAUGUUAUUAUCUGUUUGUUUAUUUAUUGAUUGGUUUAUUUAAUGAGAUACUGCAGUUUUGAAGAAAGGAAUGUCAAGGAAUAAAUAUGGAAAUGUUUACAGUCAUAGACAGAGGAGCAGUGGUGUGUCAAAGUAGUGGGCCUUUUUCACACAUGCACAAGCACACAUGUAAUCGAUUCAGAGUAACUCUGACUCAUCCAUUCAUACACUGGCCUUUUGUUCAACAGACUGACCAUUUUAACUCUUCUGAUCAUCUGACUGCAGUUUACGGAUUCUUAUAUACUGUAUCUUAAUAGGACGUCAGUGAAGACUUUUUCUGAAUGUUAAUGUUUACAAAACCAAAAACUAGUGUGGGACAUGAUUUGAUGAUUUCAAGCCUGAAGCCAUUUGCUGUUUUAUAAACCUAGUAGUGGAAUGCUCAUGUAUGCGCGUUGCAGGAUUUUAUGAAACGGCACAUUGAGUUUUUUGUCCUUUUACACCAACAUUUGAUAGGAUCUGUGGAAACGUCAAAGAUUCUCAACAUUUUCUUUCAUUUAUUUUCUCUUUGACUGAAACCUUCCAGUGCAUGGUGACGUUACCAUUACAGCUCCUUGCAUUUAUUUCCAUAUAUUAAUUUAUUUUUGUAUAUUCCACAACAGUCCGCAGGCUACAGAAGAUACUUAUCAAUAGGUAUUUAUGGUGUGUGACAGUUCUUGAGUUUCUGAUUGCUUUCAAGAUUAUAAAAACCAUCACACCUCUGCUUGAGUUCUGAGGAUGAAGAAAAACGACUGUCCCUUAUACUAAGUGCAUUAUUAUAGAUUUCCCAGUAUGACUACAAGUACUACUUGACCAGUGACAUAACUUGGCCACAGAAUGCAGUAUUGUUAGCUUUUUCAGCCUUUGACACAUUAUGUAGGCCGGUCAGACCCAGUGAUUGGUUCACAGCCUCUUCUUAGUUUUCUUUAAAAUUUGACACGAAAAUUAUGUAAAACGCUGAUUUGUGGAUAAGCUGCUGUAUGGCAGCAUUUUCACUGGGAAUGUUUAACAGUUAAAAGGCUCGACACACAAGACCUGCAUGUUCACUGCAGAAAUAACCAUCAAAACUCGUUUCACCACUUCAGUUCAGGGGAUACAGUAAACUGCAAACGGUGUUUCUUUUUAUGAUAGCAGCCAAAACGCUUUUAUUCACAUUACUGUUUUGUUUCAUUAGGUUCCAAUAGGAUAUUUUCCUGUAUUAUUUUUUCCAGUUUGCAGAGAAGAAUGGGUUUAGUUUUACCAUUAUCUCCGUGUGGACGUUUCCCUAAAAGUAAUGAUGGAAAACCUUUUUUUUUUAAGUCCUCUGUGCUCACGAAGCAUGCUGUUAUAAUCCAUAAAAUGCAUUGUUAUCUCUUCAGGGAUUUUAUCUGUGAAUGACGGAUAGAUGAAGUCUGUGCUUGCUUUGUAAUGCUCAAUUCCCACCAUUAAAAACUAUGUUAUGAUCUUUUCAUGAUUCCUUUUAUUGUUCAUCCAAUAUCAUCUUUGCUGAGUCAGACAGACAAUGCAACAGGGGUGCAAACUCUGACAAGGCAAGGGUGUCCAGAUCAGCUUUCUCUCUCGUCCUCCUCAAUGCAAUAUUAGAAGGAUACCUUUAUGAUACUAAAUAUUAGUAAUAAGCACUGGCAGCUCUUGUGGUAAGAAAACCAACUUUUGAAGAUGAAAAAAGUGGACUCCCCCCUCCUGUGGGUCACAGUGGUUUGGUCUACUCCCUAUAUCCUUAAUCAAAAAGGUGACGUUAGAACAAGGGACAGUAUUUACAUUCACCGCUCAACAGAUUAAAACGGUUAUAACUAUUCUGCUUUUUUUUUCUCGGCUGCAUUGCUUCAAAGUUGAAUCUUAUAUAUUAGAGUGUGACCAUAUUGUUAAGAUGCAGCUGCUUAAUUCAUGUUUCUAUAUCAGGAAAGAGGAACAGCUGAACAUAAUCAACACAAACAAAGAUAAUAAAGAAGAGGGAAAAACAAAGUUGAACUAAACUGGGAAAAUAAUAAAAUUAGGGAAAAAUCAAUCGUCAUAGUUCAGUGUGCACAUAUGAAAGAGACUGGAGAUGCUGUGGGAUCUGUCACAUGUGCUCAGAGUGAACCUGCUCUCAUCUGUGACGACAACAAGGCGCCAGUGGCAG